ACGCUGUGCUCACGCGAGGCAACAUUGGGUCCCGGCAUUCCCGCCCCCAUCGUACAGAGUAGACGUGUUUGGUAUAUCCAUGGUAUAUGUGCAAGCACAGGGCGCGCGCAAUAAGUGUUCGUGCAUAGGUUGCGCGCUCUCGGUUACAGGUAUUAUCGUGUUUUGCUACGGUGUUCUGACAUACAUAGAGUGUCCGCCGCAUACGUGACCCGGCAAACGCAAGCUUCGUUCCUUGAAACGAUAGAUGAGGUGUAGAUCAUUGAGCGCCUGCACGACGAAUGCCUUGUGGCAUUUACAACAGAAGAAAAAAGCCUGGCGACCACCUCGAUAAGGGCUGGAACUUCUCUGCCAAGCUUUACGUCGUUUUGGAUUUGAUCGGAGCACUACACGAAACGAAAAGGCAACUCGCCACAGCAAAGUUCGCUGGAAGAAUGCAUCACUCGGGCCCGCUCAAAGAGAGAAAUGCGAAUGACAUCCCGCAUCACUUUUGCCGCGCACUCUGUCAUGCUGGGAUUCCACUGCACCAGGCUGAUGGACCUCUUGACAGCCUCUUUCGAAGCAAGUGUCCGGCGGCACGCACGAUGCCAGGUAGUGACCAACUAUAUCGGAAAUACCUACAUGAGGUCAGUGACAAAGACGUUGCGAGGAUAAGCUCUUUGAUCUCGUCACCAUCGGCGAGUCACCGGAACUUCGUGGACGUCCGGCCGUGGCGGUGCUUGCAACAUUCUACGAUGACGAGCUUCCUGGACGUAGAACCCUCAUGAUCGACUUGCAAAUAGUGAAGCAGGGUAACGCAGUAUCAAUUGGCAUGUUGAUACAAACCGCCCUUCAGAAGGUUGGAAAGACCUUAGGCGACGUAGCUGUAUUGUGCUCUGACUCUGCUUCCUACAUGCAGAAGCUUCACAAGGACUUGCAACUCUCCAACCCCGAAUUCAAGGCGCUUCACUUCAAACUUCAAAGAUCCGUGCCACCUACUGAACAACGCUCUGGAAGAUGAAAUCAGGAUGAGAUCGUUCAACGUAGUUCACGAUUUUGUUGUGCACUUUCCUGCCAUGUUGAAAUCGUCGCGGGAGCUGCGCCGUAAGUUUGGUCUUGUGUGCUUGGCCAUGGGUAUGACCAUCAAGUCGCUGAAAACCGUAUGUCCGUCGAGGUGGUUCUCUUUUUAUGAAGCUCUAGAAGAUAUUUUGGACUACUGGCGCGCCAUUUUGUCUUUCUUGAGAAGCGACGAAGCCAAGGGGACGAAGUGUGAGAAGCUCAGGAGUCUUGUUUCAUCGCCUGAAGCUGUGCACGACUUGCUCGUUAAGAUUAGGUUUCUGAAGCCCAAUGCGUGUGCCGUGAUCUCAAUCAUUAAGGAACUUGAGGCAGAGAGUACCCUGGUACACCAAGUUUAUCCCAUACUGGGGGUUCGUUUGCACGCACUCAUCAGUCAAUGGCGGGAUCCAACCGAGGUCUUCGCGUCAGAUGUCAGAAGUAUGUUGGACCUCCUUGACGAGAAUCAACGCUUAACGACUGUCGCAUACUUUAACGGAUACUACGCUGCUGUCGCCGAAAAAUGGAGACAGACAUCUGAGAGGAACCUGUGCGAUCAACUCCAGUACACAAAAGAAUCGUUUUGGUACUGUGUUCAAAUUGUGAACCCAAAUGUGAAGCAUGAGCUUCCCUGUGCGUUCGAAACCUAUGCGCCUAUUUUUCAAUUAGUGCUUCUUGAAACUGACGACUUGAGCCAGCUCCUGAGUGAUUUUGCGAACUAUCAGUGCUAUGAAAUACGUAACAUUGUUGAACCCCUGUCGUUUUGGAGAAUUCACAAUGUCGAGUGGCCAGUGCUUUCUCGCUGCGCGCUGCGUCUUCUGGCGCUUCCUGUUUCUAGCGCUAACGUUGAAAGACCGUUUUCAAAGCUGAGAGUCGUCAAUAGAAAGGAGCGCGCUUCGAUCACUGACAGCAAUCUCGCAAAGUAUGCUUGCGUGUUUUACAAUAAGCUUUAAGCUAAGGUUGUUAUACGCAAAAUUAAAGGUGUUCUGUGUUCAA